CAAAAACUGGCUGCUUCUGGUUUCCAGACAUAAAUACAAAGCCAAGCCGGUCUGAGAGAGAUCCACAGAGGCACAAAGGAGAAGAGGAGCACUCUGAGGCUUUUUUUGUAACUCAGAAGAAGACCAAGAGAGUCAGAGUCUACCGAAGAAGAGCUUAGACGGCAUGCAAAGUUGUGAAAUUUCCUCAGAUAGCACUGAUGAUCCUCUUAGUAGCGGCCUUCGCUCUCAUCGACAGCCUCGAAUAGUAGUAAUUGGUGCUGGCUUGGCCGGCCUAGCUGCAACAAGGGUCCUACUGAAAAACGGAUUCACGGAUGUCACGGUCCUAGAAGCUUCAGACCACGUCGGUGGGAGAGUUCAAAGUGUUAACAACGGAAAAGCAACUUUGGAACUUGGAGCUACCUGGAUUCAUGGUGCCAACGGGAACCCAGUGUACCACCUGGCAGAGGAAAAUGGGCUGCUGGAGCAUACCACGGAUGGAGAGAGGAGUGUGGGACGCAUCAGCCUGUACACCAAGAACGGUGUGGCUCACUACCAGACUAAUGUGGGCAAAAGGAUCCCCAAGGACCUGGUGGAGGAGUUCAGUGACCUGUACAAUGAGGUAUACGAGCUGACUCAGGAGUUCUUCCAGAACGGGAAGCCAGUUUGUGCUGAAAGCCAGAACAGCGUCGGCGUUUUUACUCGAGACUUGGUGCGUAAGAGAAUUAUGGUGGACCCCGAUGAUUCCGAAAGCACCAAGAAACUCAAACUCUCCAUGCUUCAACAAUACCUCAAGGUGGAAAGCUGUGAAAGUAGCUCUCCCAGCAUGGAUGAGGUGUCUUUGAGUGAGUUUGGGGAGUGGACAGAGAUCCCUGGGGCACAUUACGUCAUUCCUGAAGGUUUCAUGAAGAUCGUGGACCUGCUGGCCCGGGACAUCCCAUCUAAGACCAUCUGCCUUUGCAAACCAGUCCGCUGCAUCCACUGGAACUACUCAGCUCAGCAUCGUGAGGUCAUCGGCAAGAGCAGGGACACCAAGAGGGACAGCGACCACAACGACAACAACCAUGGUUACCAACAGAACAACGACCCCCUGAUCCUGGGUCAGCCUAUUUGGGUGGAGUGCGAGGACGAGGAGUGGAUUCCAGCAGACCACGUCAUCGUGACAGCUUCCCUCGGUGUGCUGAAGCAGAACCACGAGGUCAUGUUCUCCCCAUCUCUUCCUGAAGACAAGGUGCUCGCCAUCGAGAAGCUGGGCAUCAGCACCACCGACAAGAUUUUCCUAGAGUUCGAGGAGCCCUUCUGGAGCCCAGAGUGCAACAGCAUCCAGUUUGUGUGGGAGGAUGAGGCUCAGCUGGAACAGCUGGCCUACCCUGAGGAGUUGUGGUACAAGAAAAUCUGCAGCUUCGAUGUCCUCUACCCACCUGAGCGCUAUGGAUACAUGCUAAGUGGCUGGAUCUGUGGCCAGGAAGCGCUGCAGAUGGAGCGGUGCGAUGACGAAACGGUGGCAGAAACCUGCACUGAGCUGCUGAGGCGCUUUACAGGAAAUCCUGACAUUCCAAAGCCCAGGCGUAUCCUGCGCUCAUCUUGGGGAAGCAACCCCUACAUCCGAGGCUCCUACUCCUUCACCAGGGUUGGGUCCAGUGGAGAAGACUGUGAGAGGCUGGCCAUGCCACUGCCUUAUGCAAACAGCACCAAGGCUCCACCACUGCAGGUCCUGUUUGCUGGAGAGGCCACCCACAGAAAGUACUAUUCCACUACACAUGGUGCUUUGCUCUCAGGGCAGAGAGAGGCCACUCGCCUGGUGGAGGUGUACCAGGACCACAGAGCCUAAUAUAUAUAAAUAUAUAUAUACUGAGCCUCCAACUAGUGAAAACAAUACAAACCAUUGAGUUAAGUUUGUCUUUAUGAUUAGGUUCCAUUUAUAAACAUAGCUUGGGCAUUAUUAAACUGAUAAGUCUAUUUCAUGUACUGUAGAUUUUAAAUCAUGCUAAAUUUUUAUUUGAAAUGUUCUGUUUAAAAUUAUCAACGGUGCUGUAAUUUCUUGUCUUGGCCAUUCUGUCAUUAUGUUGUAACUGCUUUUUUAUUUUAAAUAGGGAAUUUAAUGGUUUUAGAAGCAGCAUUCUUAAUUUGCAGUUUUUUAUAAGUGCCUUCUGUGUUUAAUAUCAUGUUUCUUCACAAAUACUGGAGAUACUAAACAAAACAAUUG